AUGGGCUCAUUUAUUAUUUGCUAUGUCUACUUCUAUUGUGAUGGUUCAAAGAAGCUUUUUUGUCAAAUAGGGCACGAUUUUUUUCUAUUAUACAUAUCUAUUUUCAAUUGCUUAAGUAGGUAG